AGUCACGUUUCGCGCGCGAAUUUUUUCCGAGUUUGCCCAACACACUGCUAACUGCAACGUCUUUUAACGCGCGGACAAGUGGCUGCAACGGUUCAUUUUGAAAAUGAUUGUACCUUUCACGGCAUCCGUCGCGACGCUACGCAUGCGCCGCGACGAAGUUUGCAAAGUGAAUUGACAGCGGCAGACCCAGAGAACAUCCGUGAGCUGGUGGUGCCCCCCAAGAAUGUCCGUAAAGAUGACCCGCUACCGACCGGCUGAAUUUGCGGAUGAGGACACCAGCUCCAUGGGGUCCGUUCACUUAGCAGCCGGAGGAGCCAAUUCACCCUCCUCCAUUCACAUACGCUACCACACAGCCCGCCAGAGUAUGUGGAGCAUCAUGUGGCGUUCCCGUAGUCGCUUGGAACGAUGGCUUUUGGUGGUAGCUGGCGUCCUUUUCCUCAGCGUCUUUGCGCUACUAAUUUGCUUAGCACGCUCAACACCCACACCCCGUGUCCUUCACGUUGAACCCCCACCAGCUGCAACACCCUGCCUCACCCCAAAUUGCAUCCAUGCUGCCAGCUCUAUUCUGAAGGCAAUGGAUCUCACUGUGAAUCCCUGCACAGACUUCUAUGCCUACGCAUGCAAUCAGUGGAUCAAGAGGAAUCCAAUACCCGAUGGGAAGGCAAUAUGGGGGACAUUUGGGAAGCUUGAGCAGCAGAAUCAGUUGGUACUGAAGAAUGCUUUGGAGAAGCCAAUUGAUAAGCUACCAUCAAAGGCAGAGCGUAAAGCUAAAAUGUACUACCAAUCCUGCCUGGAUGACGAUGAGACAAUGGAGAAACUCGGAGCUGAACCCCUUCAGACUCUGCUGAAGCUCAUUGGUGGAUGGAAUGUCACUGCGAGUGGUUUCAAUGCAUCAACAUGGACACUCCAGAGGACUCUACAGACUCUUCAGAAUAGAUACAACAUGGGUGGACUAUUUGGAUGGGCUGUUGGUGAGGAUGAUCGCAACAGUUCCAGGCACAUCAUUCAAAUUGACCAAGGAGGUUUAACACUCCCAACACGGGAUAACUACUUAAAUCGUACAGCUCAUGAGAAGGUUCUAACUGCAUAUCUAGACUACAUGACGCGUGUUGCUGUCCUCCUGGGGGGAGAAGAGGAAGAUGCCCGUCGGCAGAUGUCGGAUGUUAUUGAAUUUGAGACACGCUUAGCGGAGAUCACCGUCCCACCGGAAGAGCGUCGUGAUGAAGAGACUCAGUACCAUUUGAUGUCAUUGGCGGAACUUCAGGAGCAUGCACCCUUUAUCGAUUGGAGGAGUCACUUUGAAGAUGCUCUGAGACUUGUUAAGCGCAAAAUUACAGAGAAGGAACGUGUUGUUGUGUAUGCUCCUGAAUAUUUAGAGAAGCUUACGCAUUUAGUUGGAAAUUACACUGAUAACGCCAAAGGAAAAGUGAUCCUAAACAACUAUCUAGUCUGGCAGACGGUACGUUCCUUUACGGCCUGCUUAUCAAAGGCCUUCAGGGAUGCCUACAAAGGAUUGCGAAAGGCUCUAAUUGGCUCAGAUGGUGGUGAAGAACCCUGGAGGUACUGCAUAACUGAUACUACGAAUGUUUUAGGUUUUGCAAUGGGCGCCAUGUUUGUUCGGGAAGUCUUUCAUGGUGAAAGUAAACCUCAGGCUGAGGAAAUGAUUGAAGCUGUUAGAGCAGCUUUCAAGGCGAACUUCGUGCGUCUUUCCUGGAUGGAUAAUCACACAAGAGAAUUGGCAAUUGAGAAAGCAGAUGCAAUAACCGACAUGAUAGGCUUUCCAGAUUACAUCUUAGACGCUGAAGCUCUUGAUGCAAAAUACAAAGAUCUAGAUAUCGAUGCUAAGGAGUACUUUCAGAAUAAUCUACGUGUUAAUAUGUUCAAUUUGAAGAAGAAUUUAGAGAAACUCGAUCAGCCGGUUAAUAAGACACGCUGGGGAAUGACACCAUCCACGGUGAAUGCCUACUACACACCAACUAAGAACCAAAUAGUCUUCCCAGCAGGUAUCCUGCAACCACCUUUCUACGAUAUGAAUAACCCAAGAAGCUUAAACUACGGAGCAAUGGGCGUUGUAAUGGGACAUGAGCUAACGCAUGCAUUUGAUGAUCAGGGCCGAGAAUACGACAAGAAUGGCAACCUUCACCAAUGGUGGGCCAAUGAAACCAUCGACAAGUUCAAAAAGCGCGCCGAUUGCAUCCAACGACAGUAUUCCGGCUACCAAGAAGCCGGUCAAACACUUAACGGACGACAAACUCUGGGGGAGAAUAUUGCAGACAACGGAGGGCUAAGGGCGGCAUAUCAUGCCUUUGUGGCACAACCAGAAGAUCGUCAACCCCUACCUGGGCUCAAUCUCACCCACAGGCAGCUCUUUUUUGUUGCAUUCGCCCAAGUUUGGUGUUCAGCUGUAACCAAUGAAACGCUCCACUUGCAAAUUGAGAAGGAUCCCCAUGCUCCACCACGUUUCCGUGUAAUUGGACCCCUGGCCAAUAUGCCGGAAUUUGCAGCGGAAUUUGCAUGUACCCCUGGCACCCCAAUGAAUCCCCAGCGGAAGUGCCAAGUUUGGUAGACACGAAAGAAUAGGAGGAGGAGGUGAGAUAAAGUUUUCUUUUAUUUAAUAUGAAGAAAUAGAAUUAUCUGUGACCUUUACAAGAAUUUUUUUUUAAUAAGAAUUACCUAAGAAGAUUGAGUAAAUGGUAUAAAAAUAUAUCAAAGGACUUCUUACACAAAAAUUUCCUAAAUUAAAUUAAUUAAGAACAUUUUGUAAUGCUUAAAAAAAAUUAUUUUCUAUUUCUUUUAAUUUAAUUUAAAACGAAAACACAAAAUUUUGUAAAUGUUCAUAAUCUAAAAAUUCUUUUUCCCACAAAAUUCCUAAAGUAAAUAAUUCGAGAGCUGUAAAUAAGAAGGGUGAGAAAUAUUUUAUCAAAGCAAAAUGAAAGGAUUUAUUUUAUCAGUUUAUUAGGGGUCUCGCACAGAGAAGCCAGAACGAAAAGCGAGAAGGUAAUAGAACCCUCCUCUGCUGGAUUAUUCCCUCCAAAAUAUAGAAUUCAUGAGAACAUUGCAUUCUACCACAGGGUGAUACAAAUAUAUAAAUUGUUUGUUUAUUUUGUUAAAUUAUUUUUAUUGAAAAUAAAUGUUUUUUUCAUUAUUAAA